AUGGGUGAUGUUGAGAAAGGCAAGAAGAUUUUUGUUCAGAAGUGUGCCCAGUGCCACACCACGGAAAAGGGAGGCAAGCAUAAGACAGGGCCUAAUCUCUUUGGGCAGAAGACAGGUCAGGCCGUUGGAUUCUCGUACACAGACACCAGUAAGAACAAAGGCAUCACCUGGGGAGAGGAUACACUGAUGGAAUAUUUGGAGAAUCCCAAGAAGUACAUCCCUGAAACAAAAAUGAUCUUUGCCGGCAUUAAGAAGGAGGCAGAAAGGGCAGACUUGACAGCUUAUCUCAAAAAAGCUACUAAUGAGUAA